AUGAAGUUCGCGGAGCACUUAAGUGCUCAUAUAACGCCGGAAUGGCGUAAACAGUACAUCAAUUAUGAGGAAAUGAAAGCAAUGUUAUACACAACUGUAGAAGAGGCUCCAUCUGCAGAGAAUGUGGAGCCCGAAGUGUUGUCUCGACACUUUGCAAACUUUGAUGAGUCAUUCUUUCAUUAUUGUGAUCAGGAACUAAAGAAAAUCAACACAUUUUAUUCAGAGAAGCUUGCCGAAGCGACGCGUAAAUUCGCCACGCUACAAAGCGAACUCAAAUUACAGUUCGAAACGAUAAAACCGAAAGGAGGAGGUGAUAUAAAAAAGGCCAUGCCUCGACGAAAAGUUCAAGAACUUAAGUUGGCAUUUAGCGAGUUCUAUUUGAGUCUUAUUUUAUUACAGAACUAUCAAAAUUUAAAUUACACGGGCUUCAGAAAAAUAUUAAAGAAACACGAUAAGUUACUAAACGUGAACAACGGAGCACAAUGGCGGGCGGAACACGUAGAAACAUCACACUUCUACACAAACAAGGACAUAGACAGACUGAUCAGCGACACAGAGGCUACAGUCACUAACGAACUCGAAGGAGGUGACCGGCAGAAGGCCAUGAAGAAGUUAAGAGUCCCUCCUUUAGGUGAACAGCAGAGUCCCUGGACAACUUUCAAAGUUGGAUUAUUUUCUGGCUCUUUUAUCGUGCUGUUGAUCGCCGUCGUGUUAUCUAUAUUAUUCCAUGAAAACGGCAUCGAGUACUUCAAAACAGCCUUCAGACUGUACAGAGGCCCAUUCCUAUUAGUUGAAUUUAUAUUUUUAAUCGGAAUCAACGUGUAUGGAUGGAGAUCUUCAGGGGUCAAUCACGUGCUUAUCUUUGAAUUAGACCCCAGAAAUCAUCUAUCGGAACAAGAUUUAAUGGAACUUGCGGCCAUUUUUGGGGUCGUUUGGGCUCUUAGUAUAUUAAGCUUUGUAUACAGUGCGAGUUUGAGUAUACCGCCGUAUGUAAAUCCGUUAGCGCUGGUAUUAAUAAUGUUGGCCUUUCUCGUGAAUCCACUCAAGGUGUUCAGACACGAAGCAAGGUUUUGGUUUCUAAGGAUAUGUGGUCGCAUCCUAGCUGCACCGUUUAUGCCGGUGUUGUUUGCUGACUUCUGGCUGGCUGAUCAGUGGAACUCUUUCGCGGCCGGCUUUAUCGAUUUCCAUUACCUCAUAGCGUUCUAUGUCGUCGGGACCGAUUGGCUUGUUGUCGAUAAUAAAUUCGAGACAGCCAACUGGUUCAUAAUUAGCCGGGCUUUAGUGAACAUAAUCCCGGCGUGGACACGUUUCUUCCAAUGCCUACGACGGUACAGAGACAGCCGAGAGGCGUUCCCACAUCUGGUCAACGCCGGAAAGUACUCGACGACAUUCUUUGUCGUUCUAUUUGCGACCUUACGUACAGUGUUCACGAUUCAGCGUGGAUAUAAGGAUCCUUAUGAAAAUCCGUUCUUGUACGCUUGGUUUGUGUGUCAACUAAUAUCUUCGAUGUACACUUACACCUGGGAUGUUAAGAUGGAUUGGGGUCUCUUCAGCUGUGGUCCUAAUGCUGAAAACAAGUUCCUAAGGGAGGAGAUUGUGUAUAGUCCUGGGUUUUACUAUUUCGCGAUUGUAGAAGACUUCGUGCUGCGUUUUAUUUGGAUAGUAUCAUAUGUGCUGACUGAACACAAUAUAGCAAGUGUGGAAACGAUGACAUCAAUACUAGCUCCUUUGGAAGUCUUCAGACGUUUCAUCUGGAACUUCUUCCGGCUGGAGAACGAACACUUGAACAACUGCGGCAAGUUCCGAGCUGUUCGAGAUAUUUCUGUGGCGCCGCUCGACUCGUCCGACCAGGCUGACAUCAUACGCAUGAUGGACUCUGCCGAUGGAGUCACUAAUAGAUUAACAAAGAAGAAAAAUACAAAAAAGACAAAGGAGGUAGAUCGCUUGCCGCUGUUGAAAAAGAAAUCCAUACAGGAUAUGCAGUUAGAGCUGGAACUAUCCUCGAAGAUGCUGUGA